CCUCAUUGUAGGUAUGUGUUUCUGUUAAUAAUAAAUAUAUUUGUUAGCAAAUUUGAUCAAAGACCUUGAAAUUUGUUACCGAGACUAUUGGAGAAUAUAGAAGCUGAGCAAAUGUUUUUGAGUUAAUUCAAACUGUGCGUUAAAAAGUGGAUGAAAAGCAGACGGAGCGAAAUUCGUCUGUCUGAAACCGACAGUGAACAGCUAGCUGUAUUCGCGGCAGAGAUAAAAUUAGCAGCACCAACAGCUCGCAUCCGGAGUCAUGUUCGUCGUGAGUAGGCUAGUGAAGAGAAGCGCGAACCGAGUAGCGGCGGUAAUUUUGAACAGAGGCGGAAGGCGGGCCACACAUUCCAAAAUCACCUCCGAACUACCAGAUAUCGAGAUUCCUAGGCUGCCCCUCAACGAGUAUGUCCUCGAAUUUGCAUCGGAGUGGGAGGAUAGGACCGCCGCUGAAUGUGGUCUUACAGGAAGAAAAUAUACUUACAAGGAGCUGAGAACGAAAGUUAAAAACUUUGCCGGAGCUUUGAGGAAAAAACUGAAACUAGAGAAAGGUGAUGUGAUUGCCGUUCUAUUACCAAACAUUCCGGAAUAUCCAGUUGUGAUACUAGGUGCUAACCGAGCUGGAAUAAUAUGCACCACAGUAAACCCUAUUUAUACUCCAGCUGAAAUAUCAAAACAACUCUUGGAUUCCUCUACAAAAGUCAUAGUUACUUUAAAUGAAUUAUGGGCUUUGGCUAGUGCAUCUAAAGGGUUAAUUAACAAAGACAUUCCAAUAGUAACCAUUAAUUCGCAGGCGGGACAAACAACUCCUGCUGGAGCCAUAAAUUUUUCGGAGCUUACAGACAAUUCUGUAGACUUUCCUGAAGAUGGUACAAUCUGUUCAGAUGAAGUAGCGGUGUUACCAUAUUCAAGUGGUACAACAGGUCUACCUAAAGGUGUCCAACUUACACAUUUCAACAUUGUUUCAAAUUUGUGCCAACUUGAACAUCCACUCAUAGGCUGUAAUUGGAGAACCACAGCUGAUCACCAAGACACAACUCAAGCAGUUUUACCACUCUUCCAUAUAUAUGGGUUGACCAUACUCUGCAUGUACCAGCUCAGACUUGGGUGCAAAAUUAUUACUUUACCAAAGUUUACCCCUGACUUGUAUAUUGGUACUUUAAAAAAACACAAACCAGAACUUCUUUACCUAGCACCUCCCAUAGCAAUUUUUUUGGCAAAUCAUCCAACUGUAAAAGAAGAAGACUUCAGCAAUGUUCGAACUAUAAUCAAUGGUGCUGCACCACUCGGGAUUUUAGAUGAAGAAAAACUCUUAAAGAAAGCGAACAAAAAUAUUCCUUUCUUGCAAGGAUAUGGACUGACUGAAACAUCUCCAGCAGUAAUUACAACUAGAUUAUCUCAUUUAAGCAACAAGAGUAUCAUUGGUUCCUUAGGCAAACCAGUACCAAAUACGGAAGUAAAAAUAAUAGGAAUCGAUGACAUGACCGCCACCCAUCUUGGCCCUAAUCAGAUGGGAGAGUUGGUUGUAAAAGGUCCUCAAGUUAUGAAAGGAUACCACAACAGACCAGAAGAGAACAUAUUUAUAGACGGUUGGAUGAGGACAGGGGAUAUGAUGUAUUAUAAUGAGGAUGGAUUUUUGUUUAUUACAGACAGAUUGAAAGAGCUGAUAAAAGUCAAAGGAUUUCAGGUGCCACCUGCAGAACUAGAAGAGAUAAUACGAGACUUCCCAGACAUCGUAGAUGCAGCAGUUGUAGGUGUUCCGCAUGAAAACUAUGGUGAAGCGCCUAGAGCUUAUGUUGUUCCUCGACAAGGCACAAAGAUUAAUCCAGAAAAGCUAAUAGAAUUUGUGAAAAGUAAGGUGGCACCUUACAAACAGUUAAGGGGAGGAGUAUCGAUCAUUGAUAACAUUCCGAAAAAUGCCUCUGGGAAGAUACUGAGGCGAGAACUGAAACAGUUGUACGAAAAGGCAAACAAAUGAUAAAUAUUUAUAACGCUGACCUUAUAUGGAGCCUCCAUUUUUCAUAAAUCAGUAACACGCUUAACUUUAACAUACAUUUGAAGUGGAAGAGCUAAAAGUAAAUUUAAGAUCAUGGUAGGGAAAUAGGGGCUAUAUAUAUUUUUUAAAAAGUUUUUCAUAUAAUCUGAUUCGGAGAAAUACGUAAAUAUUUUAAAUCUUUUACCUCAUGCUAUUUCAAAUGACGACUCAUUUCUCUAGCUUUUUUAAUGUUAUCUAGCAAAAAAUUGCUUAUAAGGCAACCGAGCACCCGACAAAAGUUUUAAAAGUCGGCGCCUAUGCAAAAUAUUUUCCACCGAAAAUUUAUGGAAUUAAUUUUUUAAAUGUUUUAUA